AUGAACGAACCCGUCUCUAUCUCCCGCGCCACCUCUCUCUCGCGCCCAGCGAGCAGAGCAAGCAGACAUGGCUCGACCAUCUCUCGCAGCCAAUCCCUCAUCCAGAAGAAUAUCGCCGCACACGACCUCCGCCCCUCCGACAUCCUCAUCGAGCGUUUCACCGCCUGGAAGGCCAUCGUCAAGCAGCUCAUCUCCUACUUUGAGGGAAUUGCAGACAUAGAGAACAAUAUCGCCCGCGAAAUGACCAAACUCGCGGGCAUCAUCCAGGUCCCCUUCCGGUCUGGCAAUCAGUUCCUGGGUGAGGGCGGUCUCCAGGACAUUUUCUACGGCAUUCGCGACAAGACGCGUGCGAUUGCCGACCAGCACGCGAAUCUGGGUCGCACAGUCGACGGGUCUAUUGUGCAGCACCUCCAGAAGCUUAAGGCAGAAAUCAAGGCGCAUAUAAAGAAUAUCCAAAAUGAUACCGGAAAACUCGCAACGGCAGUCGCGAAGGAGCGCGAAUUGUCUGCCAAGCUCAUCGGAGACCUUAGCACCAAUGUGUCCAUCUACAAGAACACCCCUCUCAAUAUCACCGCGAAGACGGAUCCAUACGUCGCCAACCAAGCCGUCUUCCGCCAGCUCGUGAAACAGGUCCACACUGAGAAUGCACUCCAAAAGUCGCUGCUCCUCACGCAGGCGUCCUCGGCUAUGUUCGAGGCAUCUCUAGUACAGGCGAUCCAGUCCGCGUGGGCGACGUUCUCCGAGUGGCGGACGCGCAUGGACAACAGCAUCGGCGAGCUCUUCAACCAUCUCCAGACCGACAUGUCCGCGCUCCCUCCAGACCGUGAGUGGAUCACCUUCGCCGCGCGUGAAGACCACCUCGUCGACCCCGAAACUCCUCUGCGUGACCCACAAGCCAUUACGUACCCUAGCAAGGAUGACCCGAGCGUGCUCCCGGUGCACAUCGGCCUUCUCGAGCGUAAGAAGCGCUACACGCGCACGUACAGGGAGUCUUACUACGUCCUCACCGCCGCCGGCUUCCUGCACGAGUACGCCUCGUCCGACCCCGCCGUCGGACACCAGCCGCUCUUCUCGCUCUUCCUUCCUCUGUGCACCCUCGGCCCGCCCUCGCCCUCGUCCGCCAAGUCGCACAAGUUCCACAUCGAGGAGCGCAAGGACGGCACGGGUGCGACGAACUCGGGCUCGUUCCGCCACAUGAAGGACUCGCUCAUCGGCAGGGGCCACAGCACCGGCCGUGCAUGGGCGUUCCGCGCACGCUCGCAUGAUGAUAUGAUGGAGUGGUGGAACGACAUACGGAUGCUCUGCGCCCGGUAUCUCGUCGCGAGCGAGCAGAUGGAGCGCGACGGUCCUGUUUUAGCAGCCGUUCGCGCUGCGGGGUAUACAAGCGACGACGAUGGUGAGGAGACUGAAGAAGGGAGCAGUAUCGAAGAAGAGGCGGACGAUGACGAUGACGCGAUUUACGUCGAGGCGAGAGACCUAGCCGAUGGCGAAGGCGAGGAGACAGGACCCCCGGAGUAUUCGCAUGGGCCGGCGGUCUCCGCGCGCGAUAAUGGAGCAAACGGCUACCCUGUGCGCAAUUUCUUGACUGCUGGGCCUCGUCGUCCGUCCGCUGAUGGUGGUGCACGUAGGUCGACAAGAAAGAUGGCGCAGGCCUGA